UGUAACAAAAUGGCUGACGAAUGGCGGUCAUUUAAAUAAAUCAAAAUGGCGGAAGCCCUUUUGUUCUUGAAGAACGAUAGACCAGGUCUAUGUGUUGUAGGGAGCCAAGCUAAAAGUAUAUUUUAUGUGGAUUAGUGUGUGAGCAAAUCAAAUGAGUUAUAGUUAAUUUACAUGUACAAUUUAAAGUCUGUAGAGCAAGAUUAAUCAUACAACUUCAAGUGAUCUAGCUACACAAAAUAUCACAACAAAUAUACUUAAACACACAACAGAUCAACACCAUUGAUUUAAGUUUAACAAACUUGUUCUUGCUUACUAACUGCCCAGUACUAUACCACAGAGUCCAGAGAUGAAAGGGGGAAGCAGAAAUCCUUUUGAAGAAGAAUCAGCUCCUGGUUGGAUUUUGGUGUUUCCAGAGUUAUUUGCUGUUAUUGGCUCCAAAGCUUGGUGAUGGUCUCUGUGAUUAUAUCCAGUAUAGAUCACAGGCAGGAAACUUAGGUGGUGGUGGGUCCAAGCUUGGUUUGGGGCCUUGCCGGCCUUUCCUUAGAGCUGGGGAAAGAGGGAGACUGUCUGGUCUUCUGGAGUGCAGACCGGGCCAGCAGCGGUGCUGACCCUCCCAGGGAGUCGAGGAGAAGAGAGGAAGAAGGGAUGGCUGCAGAAGACUUUUGUGUCUCAACCUGGGAGUUGUAUUUCCUGUUUGUAUCAGCCAAUGAGACGCCUUUAGGUAUCUGCAGAUACCUGUGGGGGGGGGGGUGGGGGUCGUUUGUCUUUGUUUGGGGAACAAAGAGACCUCCAUCUUGAAGCAUGGAGAGAAAUUGUUGACACAAUUCUUACUGCAUUCAGUCAUUAAAUCCAAAUGAAACUUGUAGAGUAGCUGUGACCCCUACAAAUGUAAGGGGUGCUGGAGCUUGGUUGGGGUGGUAGGACUGCUCUGCUCUUUUCAGAUCCAAGAAUUGACAGGUAUGGGUUAAACUUCAGUUUGAAGAAGAAGAAGAAGAAAAAGAAAAGGAAGAAGAGGAAGAAAAAGAAGAAGAAGAAGAAGAAGAAGUGAAGAUUGAGUUUCUCUUCCAGAGAAAUCUGUCACAAUAAACAGGAAGUUGAGAUGCAGAAUAAAAAGUUAAAUUUCUGGGCGUACGGUGUGCUGAGUGGACGGUUAUCAUGCAGAACAGAGUUUGAAUCGUCCAGAUCGUUUCACAGAAUCAACCAGGUCAGUUAGAUUUUAUUGUUAUUAUUAUUGUUAUUAUUAUUGUAUUCAGAAACAAACACUGAGCUGCUGCAGGUUUUUGUAUCUCUGUUUUAAUUUUUGCAAUUAUAUUAGUAUUAUUCCAUUUUAUUUAUUAUUAUUUUUUAUUGUUAUAUUUAUUAGUAUUAUUUCAUUUUAAAGACCACAGUUCUCUACAUUUACACAUUGUUUUUUUAGGUAUUAUAUAUAUUAGAUUUCCUUUACUUUUAUUUCUACUAUGAUUCCAAAUAUAUUCUGUUGAACAGUGUAGAUUUGUCAUUAUUAUUGACAGAAUAUCACUCAGCAGGUUUAUUUAUUUGACUCUUUCAGAGUUGAUUCCAUAUUUACCGUUUAUUUUAAUGAUUUUUUAUGUUAAUUUGUCUCAUGAGGCAGAUUUCAGUUUUUAUUCAUUAUUAACUAUUUAUUAAAUGUUUACAGUGUCAACAUGAUGACGGACAACCAGAAGGACAGAGAGACAGACAGGAACCUCCUCUGGAUCACAGAGCCUGCUCCUGUCUCUCUCUCAGGUGUCUCCAGAUUCAGACGCUGGUUGUGUCCUGCUCUGGUGGCUGCAGUCGUCCUGAUCCUGAUCAUCGCAAUGGGAGCCAGCAACGCAAAAACGUCGAGUCGUCUGUCAUCUGCAGAGCAGAGAGUCUCCAACCUCAGAGACCAGAUCAGGACCCUGAAUGCCUCACUGCAGCACGCUGAGGAAAAUGCCACAGAAGUGAAGCUGCUUCAGUCGGCUGUGGAGGAGAACAGAGACCAGCUGAUCUCAGUGGCCGAAGCGUUGAAGCAGCUGUCAGUCCUGGACUCUCUCAGCAGGAGUGUUGAUGCUCUCAAAUGUUCCCUCGAACGCAUCAUCAACAACAGCUCGGCAGAGGACGGCUGUUGUCCUAUCAGUUGGGAGCAGUUUGACACCAGCUGUUACUUCUUCAGUCAUCAGUCUCUGACCUGGAACGAGUCACAAGUCCAUUGUGACCAACACGGAGCUCACCUGCUCAUUCUGCAGGACGACAAGGAGUGGGACUUUGUGACCCGCCGUACGGUUAAUGAGUUGUACUGGGUCGGCCUGUCAGACUGGAGAACUGGCCAGUGGGAGUGGGUCAACCGGACGCCGUACACCAUUGAGCGCAGGCGCUGGGUGCCCGGGCAGCCAGACAGCUGGACCGGUCACGGUUUGGGACACGGGGACGAGGACUGCGCUCACCUUCACUUCAACGGACGCCUCAACGACCUGCACUGCUCCAGCAGGAUGCGCUUCAUCUGCCAGAGACACAGUCGGAGGGCCUGAAGCUGCAUGCGGCCGAUCAUCCACAGCUCGAUGUCUGAUGGCAAGAAAAAGAAGAAUGUGACCAUCAGAAAUCCACAGUGUUGUUUUAUUGCAAUAAAGUUUUGUAGAGCAUGAAAUGAGAAUGUGUGGACACAUUAGAUUACACCACUUACUGAUAAAUAUGUCCAAAUUACUAACAACACCUCAACUACGCUAUUAUUCCCAUUCACUGCUUUCACUGCUUUCACUGCUUUCACUGCUACCGCUUUCACAGCUUUUACAGCUUUUAUUGCUUUUACUGCCACUUCAGCACUGAAACCCUCCAGACACUUCAAAACUUUCUCCAUCUCUUUACUGCCAACACUUCACUUCACCACUUUCUGCCCUCAAAGCCUCAAAGAUCUCUAACAACUAGUAAACAAUUAGAAAUCAACUGGAAAAGAACAAGAAAACAUCUAGCAAACAACUAGAAAACAAUGACAAAACAGCUAGUAAACAACUAGAAGACAACUAGUAAACAGCUAGUAAACAACUAGAAAAUUACGAGUAAUCAAUGAGAAAAUAACUAGAAAACAGCUAGUAAAUAGCGAGUAAACAACUAGAAAACAACGAGAAAACAUCUAUAGUAAACAAUGAGAAACCAUUAACCAGUAAACUAGAAAAACCAUUACUUCAACUAAUUUCAGUGUUAAUACAUUAAAUAAAAACUUUAAAAAUA